CUUUGUUUGUGUCCAGUUUCGUGGCUUGUACUUUUUGUGGAACAUUUGAACAGGAAACGUACUAGGACAGUUAAUGGUGAGCUGUAAACAACCGUACAAUAAAUCUAAACUGUUUAUCUACAAACCUGGAAUUUAUUAUCCAAAGCUCAAGAUAAAGUCAUCUCAGAUCUAAGUGAAUGCCAGUGUUUUGACUUUAGACUGAAGAUUCAGCUGAACAGCACCGUAUUUGAAGAUGUUUUUGUCAUGUGCUACCGUCGUCUCUGUUUUGGCUGUCAUUAUUCCAGCUGCCUGCGGUGGGAAUGUUCUGGUAUUUCCACAUGACGGCAGCCACUGGGUGAACAUGAGGGUACUUGUUGAAGAGCUGCAUUCAAGGGGACACGCUGUGACUGUCAUUCGGGUUGCAGACAGCUGGUACAUCAGUGAAACAUCUCCACAUUACAAGACUGUUACAGUGGAUGUUGCCGGCGGUGCAAAUGAGGAUUUUUUUCGUCUCUUUGUCUCUGAAGUUAUAAAAAUUAAACGCAGCAAGGGGUCUGUGUGGGCCCGUUUUGCUUUAGACAUGGAGUUAAAAGACAAGUUCUAUGAAUUGCACAGGAAAGUCUGUGAAGUGGUCGUGUACAUGCUUGAAAAUAAAGAGUUAAUGAAGUCCUUUCAAGACGCCAAGUACGAUGCUGUUUUGACGGACCCUGCUAACGGAGGAGGAGUAAUCCUGGCUCACUACCUCGGGUUGCCGUUAGUUUUUAAUGCUCGAUGGACUGUUCAUGGCGAAGCCCACUUUGCUGUUGCGCCCUCUCCACUUUCCUACGUCCCACUUCCACCUUCAGAAUUAACAGAUCAAAUGACUUUCUUUGAGAGGGUCAAAAACGUGGUUUUUUAUACAAUGAGGAUGCAUCUGUACAAGCAGGUAGUUGGGCCACAUUAUUCUGCAUUGUGCAGCCGCUAUAUUGGCCCAGAUGUGGACUACUUCUCCCUGUUUCAAGCUGCAGACCUGUGGCUCAUGAGAGUGGACUUUGUGUUUGAGUUCCCUCGUCCCACAAUGCCCAAUAUCGUCUAUAUGGGAGGGUUCCAGUGUAAACCUGCAAAACCUCUGCCUCAACAUCUGGAAGAGUUUGUGCAGAGUUCUGGAGAGCAUGGAGUCGUCAUCAUGUCUCUGGGCACUUUGAUUGGAGAUCUUGCCCAUGACCUGGCUGAUGAGAUCGCUGCAGCUUUUGCCAAAUUACCUCAAAAAGUAAUCUGGAGAUAUAAAGGUGACAGACCAGCCACUCUGGGCAACAACACUUUGCUCAUCGACUGGAUGCCACAGAAUGACCUCCUAGGACAUCCAAAUAUUAAGCUCUUUGUAAGUCAUGGAGGAACAAAUGGAAUAUAUGAGGCUAUAUAUCAUGGAGUUCCAAUCAUAGGCAUUCCCAUUGUGUUCGAUCAAGCAGACAAUCUCUCCAGACUGAGAGCAAAGGGCGUUGCAAAGGUUAUAGAUGUUUCUGAAUUGGAUAGGAAAAUAUUUCAGGAUGCCCUACAGGAAGUCCUGAGUGAGCCCUCCUACACGAGGAACAUGCAGAGACUCUCCAGACUGCACAGAGAUCAGCCGAUGAAGCCACUGGAUACCGCCCUCUUCUGGAUAGAGUUUGUCAUGAGACACAAAGGUGCAGCUCACCUGAGAACAGAGUCCUACAGGCUGCCCUGGUAUUCCUACCAUUCUGUUGAUGUCAUGUUAUUUUUACUAACGAUCGCACUACUUAUUUUGCUAUGUUUUGCUUGGUUAGUAAGAUCAUGUUUUAGAUUGUGUUUGAAAAGGAAAGUGAAAUCUGACUAACCAGGAAAGAUGGAUCAAGCAUGUUCAUAUUGGUUAAUAUACAGUAUAUUACCUAUAUGACAGCCAGUCUGGCUGUGAUCAGCUGAAUACAGAUGGGAGUUUUUUGAACUGUGCUUUGAAUUGACUGCAAGUUACUAGAAGACUACUAACUGUUAAAAAUAAAUAAAUAAACUGCCAGUUUUGAAUGCUAA